UGAAAGGGCCUCCAUGGGGCUACAAUGGAUGUGAGAAAUGGUGCUGUUAUGUGAAGUAGUCAGCAAGGAUUGGAACAUGGGGGCUCGGGGGCCAUGACAGGACACAUGAUGCUUAUUCUAAGGACACUGAGGAGUGUAUCAAGUGUGUUAAGUAGGUGAUACAACAGCGUGGAACCAGAGUAAGGCAAGCUGUAGAGAGAAAGAUGUGCAAAAUAUUUUGCAGAUGUAUUUUAUUCUUAGAUGGAGAGGCCCUUGGAGUUGGGCAAUGUGACCAGAGUCCAGGAGUUUGUCUUGUUGGGUUUGUCCACAAGGCCAGACGUAAGGGAUGUUCUGUUUGCCGUCUUCCUGACCCUCUACCUGCUGACCCUCCUGGAGAACACGCUCAUCAUCUACCUCAUCUGCAGUCACAUUGAGCUCCACAAGCCCAUGUAUUUCUUCCUGGGCAACCUGAGCUGCCUGGAGAUGUGCUAUGUGUCCGUGACCAUGCCCAGUCUGCUCGUGGGGCUGUGGACUGGACCUUACCAUAUUUCCUUCACAGCCUGCAUGACACAGCUUUUCUUCUUCAUAGUCCUCAUCUGCACAGAGUGCACCCUCUUGGCCUCCAUGGCUUAUGACCGCUACGUGGCCAUCUGCCGCCCACUCCAUUACCCACUGCUCAUGAGGCCCCAGGUCUGCCUGGGCUUAGCCUUGUCCUCAUGGCUUGGGGGGCUGUUGGUCUCGGUGGCCAAGACGACAUGCAUUGCCAGCCUUUCCUACUGUGGCCCCAAUGUCCUCAACCACUUCUUCUGUGACGUCUCCCCUCUGCUCAACCUGUCCUGCACCCACGUGGCCCUGACGGAGCUGGUGGACUUCAUCUCUGCCAUCGUCAUCCUCUGGGGUUCCCUUCUCAUGGCCAUCACCUCCUAUGUGGCCAUCGGGAGGGCUGUGCUCCACAUGUCAUCAGCCGCUGCCCGCCGCAAAGCCCUCUCCACCUGCGCCUCCCACCUGGUGGUGGUGGGCAUCUUCUACUCAGCCACUCUCUUCAUCUACGCCCGUCCCAGCCGCAUAGAAGCCAUGGACCUCAACAAGGUGCUGUCUGUCAUCUACACGGUGGUCACACCCAUGUGCAAUCCCGUCAUCUACUGCCUGCGGAACAGGGAGGUCCAGGCAGCAUUCUGCAGAACCCUACACCAGUCCUGAAGGUGACGAGCAGACAGGCCAUGGGGGAGAUCUCAA